AUGGGCACCCCUGGCCCCUAUGGUUCCCGGGAGCGGCGGCAGGGCGGGGAGCGGCGGGGCGGGAGGGGCGGCAGGGGUGUGUCCUGCUCCCCCCCGGGGCCACCGGGGGUCUCCUCGCCUCGCUGGGCGGCGGCGGCUCACUCGGGCCCGGGCCGGGACGAGGCGGCAGUGGGGCCGCGCAGGGGCCAUGGCGCGGGGAAGUUUGCCGCUGCUCCUGCUCCUGGCCGCGCUCGGCGGCCGAGCCCAGCCGCCACCGCCGCCGCCGCAAAGAGGUACAGGGGCGCGGGGAGCCCGAGCCGCGCUCUCCACGGCCGGCGCCGCGGGGGCCGGUGCAGGGAGAGGCGACCUUGCCAGCGGCUCGGGAGGGUCCGGGGGGGAGCAGGCACCGAACUUGCCAAGCAACCUCCAGCCUGCAGAGGGGACGCGGCGGGGCAGCGUUGCCCGCGGAGAGCUCGACUGGCGCUGGCCGCUAACUUCUGCCCCUCCGAACCGUGGUCCCGGGGCAGGGAACGGGAGUGGGCAGAGGUCGGCGGCUCCCCGCAUUCUCCCGCUGGGCUCUCACGCAUUCAUUACGGGGCCAAGUGGCGGCUCCGGGCCGGCAGAGGAGCCGUCCGGCUGUUUCCCGCUGUGCUGAACCUGGCUACCAAUGCUCUCAUCACAACCAACGCUACCUGUGGAGAAAAGGGUCGGGAGAUGUACUGCAAACUUGUUGAGCAUGUGCCUGGGCAGCCUGCCAGGAACCCCCAGUGCCGUGUUUGUGACCUGAGGAGCAGACUUCCACACCAACGACAUCCAAUAACAAACGCAAUUGAUGGCAAGAACACUUGGUGGCAAAGCCCUAGCAUCCAGAAUGGAAUUGAAUAUCAUUAUGUGACCAUUACAUUGGACCUCCAACAGGUUUUCCAGAUUGCCUACGUGAUUGUGAAGGCAGCUAACUCCCCUCGGCCUGGGAACUGGAUCCUGGAGCGCUCUCAGGACGGGGAGCACUAUCAGCCCUGGCAGUACUACGCCAUCACAGACAGCGAGUGCCUGACGCGCUACAACAUUCACCCGCGCCCUGGCACCCCUUCUUAUCUGAAAGAUGAUGAAGUCAUCUGCACUUCUUAUUAUUCCAAAAUCCAUCCUUUGGAGAAUGGAGAGAUCCACACUUCCCUGAUUAAUGGCAGGCCCAGCGCUGAUGAUCCCUCCCAGGUGCUGCUGGAGUUCACCUCGGCUCGCUUCAUUCGCCUGCGAUUUCAGAGGAUCCGGACGCUGAAUGCUGACUUAAUGAUGUUUGCGCACAAAGAUCCAAAUGAAAUCGACCCCAUCGUGACAAGGAGGUAUUACUAUUCUAUAAAGGACAUCUCUGUUGGAGGCAUGUGCAUAUGCUCAGGCCAUGCGAAGGCGUGCCCGCUGGAUCCAGCCACCAACAAAUCUGUCUGCCAGUGUGAGCACAACACCUGUGGAGAGACGUGUGACAGGUGCUGCCCUGGCUUCCACCAACAGCCCUGGCACGCUGGCACUUUCCUGCUGAAGCACGAAUGUGAACCUUGCAACUGUCACGGGAAAACUGAGGAGUGUUACUAUGACCAGGAUGUGGCAGACAGAAACCAGAGCCUGAACGUGCAGGGGGAGUACAUCGGGGGUGGGGUGUGUGUGAACUGCACCGGCCACACCAGCGGCAUCAACUGCGAGACCUGCCUCGAUGGCUACUUCAGACCGAAAGGGGUAUUGCCAGAUAGCCCAGAUCCAUGCCAGCCAUGUUCCUGUGACCCAGUUGGGUCUUUACAUGAUACCUGUGUCAAAGAUGAGAAACAUGCAGAAGGAGAUAUGCUGCCUGGUUUCUGCCACUGCAAGACUGGCUAUGCAGGAGAGAGCUGCAAGAGAUGUGCCUUGGGGUAUACAGGAUAUCCUGAGUGCCUGCCCUGCAACUGCUCACUGCAGGGCAGUGUGAAUGCUGACCCUUGCAUAGGUCCCUGUGUCUGCAAGGAGCACACUGAAGGAGAAAACUGUGACCGCUGCAAGCCAGGCUUCUUCAAUCUGCAGCAGAAUAAUCCCACAGGCUGUGAGGAAUGCUUCUGCUCUGGGAAAACAGAUGCCUGCACACACUCUCACCUUACCUACAGAAGGAUAGAAGACAUGAAUGGCUGGUACCUGACUGACUUGCCAGGUCUCAUCAGAGUUCCCCCCAAGCAAAAGAGAUUUGAUGGACACCAGCAGCUCAGCAUCAGCAACAUGGCUGCAAGAAAAGUUCUGCCUCAGACUUACUACUGGAGUGCACCAAGCUCUUAUCUGGGCAACAAAGUAGCAGCUGCUGGAGGACAUCUGAAAUUUACAGUCUCCUAUGACUUCACAGAGGAAGAAGAGACAGUUCAAUUGAUAGUUCAGACUGAUGUUAUCAUAGAGGGAGGUCACUUGAGAAUCAGCACACCAGAAGAGGGGAUUCACCUGCAGCCUUCUGAAGAACACACUGAAGAAAUUGUGCUGAAACCAGAAUCUUUCUCUGAGCAUGGCACUGACAUUCCAGUCAGCAGGAGGGAGUUCAUGACCGUCCUUGCCAACGUGAAGAGGAUCCUCAUAAGAGCCUCCUACACCUAUGGGAUGAAUGCCAUCUACAGACUGAGAAGUGUUAGCAUGGAAGCUGCUGACCACACUUCAACUGGGAGAAAGGUGGCAUCUGCAGUGGAAUUAUGUGACUGUCCCCCUGGAUAUGAUGGCACCUCAUGUGAGUCUUGCUGGCCUGGACACAGGCGUGUGAACGGCACAAUCUUUGGUGGGGUCUGCACACCGUGUACGUGCCUUGGCCAUGCAGAAUCAUGUGAUGAGAUCACAGGAGAAUGCCUGGACUGCAAACACAACACAGGUGGUCCAUAUUGUGAUAGAUGUCUUCCUGGCUUCUAUGGGGAUCCAACUAAAGGGACAGCUGAAGACUGUCAGUUGUGUGCCUGCCCCCUAAAUCUCCCUUCUAACAACUUUAGCCCCACCUGCCACUUUGACCGAAAUCGGGGACUGGUAUGCGAUGAAUGCCCAGCGGGGUACCUGGGACCACGCUGUGAAAGGUGUGCAGAAGGCUAUUUCGGACAACCUCUAAUACCAGGGGGAUCGUGCCGGCCAUGCCCAUGCAAUGACAACCUUGACUUCUCCAUUCCUGGCAGCUGUGACAGCCUGUCUGGUGCUUGUCUGAGAUGCAAGCCAGGUACAACAGGGCAGUACUGUGAGAGAUGUGCUGAUGGAUACUUUGGUGAUGCUCUGGAUGCAAGAGGCUGUCAACCCUGCCACUGUCACAGCAAUGGCUCCUUCUCAGAGAUCUGUGACUCACGGACAGGCCAGUGCCAGUGCAAAGCCAACGUGCUCGGGCGCCGGUGUGACAUCUGCAAGCCUGAAACCUUUGGCUUACAAUAUUCAAGAGGAUGUGUUCCCUGCAACUGCAACUCUUUUGGUUCCAAGUCCUUUGACUGCACUGAGGAUGGGCAGUGCUACUGCCAGCCCGGAGUGACAGGGCAGAAGUGUGACCGCUGUGCUCAUGGAUUUUACAACUUUGAAGAAGGAGGCUGCACUUCCUGUGCCUGCUCACGCUUUGGUGAUAACUGUGAUCCCGUCACUGGUCGCUGUAUCUGCCCUCCCAACACUGUUGGGGAGAUGUGUGACAGAUGUGCACCAAACCACUGGGGCCAUGACAUUGUCAGUGGCUGCAAGCCCUGUGACUGCAGCCCCGUUGGAGCCCUGAGUUCUCAGUGUGACUUCAAAACAGGUUGUUGCUUCUGCCGCCCUGAAUUCUCCGGGGACAAAUGCAUGGAGUGCAGGGUGGGCUACUGGAAUUAUCCACACUGUGUUGGAUGUCAGUGCCUCCUGGCAGGCACUGAUCCACAGAGCUGUGAUGCAGAAACAGGGAAGUGCUCGUGCAGUGAUCCCACUGGCCAGUGCAGCUGCAAGGUGAACGUGGAAGGUGUCCACUGUGACAGGUGCAAGCCUGGUACAUUUGGUCUCUCUGCCAGAAACCCCCUUGGCUGCAGCAGUUGCUAUUGCUUUGGCAUUACCACGCAGUGCAGCGAGGCAAGGGGGCUGGUGCGCAUGUGGGUAACCUUGAAGCCAGAGCAAACGGUCCUGCCACUGGUGGAUGAGAAGCUGCAGGGCAGCACCCUCACAGGGAUUGCAUUCCAGCCUCCUGAAAUAGUAGCAGACAUCGAGCAGGUGAUGAGGGAGCUUCGCUCCGAACCUGUCUACUGGAGACUUCCAGAGCAGUUUGAGGGACGAAAGCUGACUGCUUAUGGAGGGAAACUGAAGUAUGCAAUCUACUUUGAAGCACGAGAAGAGACAGGGUUCACUACCUACUACCCACAAGUCAUCAUGAGGGGGGGACCUCCAACCCACACCAGAGUCAUCGUCCGGCAUGUGGCUGCCCCUCUCAUUGGGCAGCUGACAAGGCAUGAGAUAGAGAUGACAGAGCACGAUUGGCAAUACUAUGGUGGUGACCAAAGAGUCGGAGAUGCUGCGCCCUGGGAGUACCACCACGAUGAGCCAGGUGCCAACAGGACAGAGUCCCACACAGAUGUCACCUGGAGACAUUAUGGAGAUGACCCAAGAGCAAGCAGAGCUGUGUCUCGGGAGGACUUCCUGAAUGUGUUGUAUGAUGUCCAUUACAUUCUUAUUAAGGCUACUCAUGGCAACAUCAUGAGGCAGAGCAGGAUUUCUGAGAUCUCCAUGGCAGUUGCUGAAGUGGGCACCGUGUCUGGGAUGACUCCUCAGGCUUACUUGAUUGAGGAAUGUGACUGCCCCUUGGGUUAUUCUGGUCUGUCAUGUGAGUCAUGCUCUCCAGGAUUUUAUAGGCUUCCAUCCCCAGCUGCAGGAAGGACACCUGCUCAGUCCUUAGGCACCUGUGUUGUGUGUCAAUGCCAUGGGCACAGCACAAUGUGUGACCCUGAAACGUCCAUUUGCCAGAACUGCCAGCACAAUACAGCAGGUCACCACUGCGAGAGGUGUGCGCUGGGAUUUUAUGGUGUUGUCCAAGGCUCUCCGAGUGACUGUCAGCCUUGUGCCUGCCCAAUGCCCAUCCCUGGUAACAAUUUCAGCCCCUCCUGCGUUGCGGAAGGACCUGGCGAUUACCGGUGCACCGCCUGCCCUCCUGGCUAUGAAGGACAGUACUGUGAGAGGUGUUCUCCUGGCUACACAGGAAACCCACACAACCCAGGAGGCUCCUGCCAGGAAUGUGAGUGUGACCCACACGGUUCCCUGCCUGUGCCCUGUGACCCUGGGACUGGACAGUGCAGGUGCAAGCCUGGAUUCACAGGGUGGAAGUGUGCUGGCUGUGAGCAUCGGCAUGCACGGGAGGGCACCAGGUGCAUCUCUUGUGAUGAUGAAUGCACAGGACUCCUUCUCAAUGACCUGGAUCGCCUAAACCAGAUGAUCCUGAGUGUUAACUUUAGUGGUCCACUGCCUGCUCCAUACAAAACGCUGCAUGGGUUUGAGAACAUGACCCAGGAAUUAAAGCAUUUGCUUUCACCUCAGCCAGCACCAGAGAGGCUUCUUCAGCUAGCACAAGAAAAUCUGGAUACCCUGGUGACAGAAAUGGAUGAACUGCUGACAAGAGCUACCAAGGUGACAGCAGAUGGUGAGCAAACCAGGCAGGAUGCUGAGAGGACUAAUGACAGAGCAAAAUCUCUUGGACAGUUCAUCAAAGGCAUCCUGCAAGCUGCUGAAGCUGGAAAGGAAGAGGCUAUAAAACUGAAUGAGACACUCAGAACCCAAGAUGAGAGCUUGGAGAAGAGCCUCCCAGAACUGCAGAUUGAGGCUGAAAGGAUGAUCGCAGAGAUGAGAAGUAGAGAGCUGAGCACGCAAGAGAGGAUAGCUGAAGAUGAGUUAAAGGAGGCAGAAGAUCUUUUGAACAAGGUGAAGAGCUUAUUUGGUGAGCCCAGUGAGAAAAAUGAGGAUCUCAAAAACGAGGUGAGGGACAAGCUGGCCAACUACCACAGCAAGGUUGAUGAUGCUCGACAUCUGCUGAGAGAGGCUACCAGCAAAAUUCGGAAAGCUGAUCGUUUGUCUGCCAUCAACCAGAAAAAUAUGACUCUGGUAGAGAAAAAGAAGCAAGCUGUAGAAGAUGGCAGACAAGAUGUUGAAAAGACCCUGCAGGAAGGGAAUGAUGUCCUUAAUGAAGCCAACAGACUUGCAAAUGAAAUCAGCCUAGCUGUAGAGUACAUAGAAGGUGUUGCAGAUAAGAUACAGCCCAUGUCUGAUCAGCUGAAGGAUAAAAUAGAUGACUUAACACAAGAAAUUCGUGACAGGAUGCUUCCACCAAAGGUCCUGCAAGCUGAGAACCAUGCAGCCCAGCUGAAUGACUCCUCUGGAAUCCUGGAUGGAAUCCUUGCUGAAGCCAAAAACCUCUCUUUCAAUGCCACACGUGCCUUCAAUGCUUAUACUAACAUCAAGGAUUCCACAGAUGAAGCUGAGAGAGUUGCCAAGGAAGCCAAGGCUCUUGCAAAUGAAGCUAUGGAAGAGACUUCUGGUCCUCAAGGAUCACUGAAGGAUGGUGCCAAGAGCUCUCUUCAGAAAAGCUUCAGGGUCCUUAAUGAAGCCAAGAUGUUAGACAAUGAUGUGAAAGCAAAUGGAGACAGUCUGGCCCGCAUGCAGAACAAGCUGAAAGAUGUGGAUGAGAACAACUCCAUUCUCCUGGGAGUUUUGAAUGAAACCUUGGGAAAGCUCUCAGCCAUUCCUAACGAUACAGCUGUAAAGGUACAGGCAGCCAAAGAGAAAGCCAGACAAGCCAACAACACUGCACAUGAUGUCCUGGCCCAGAUUAAAGACCUCAACCAGAAUCUCCUGCUCUUGAGAAAAAACUACAGUAAACUUGCAGAUGACGUGGCAAAAACGAAUGCUGUGGCGAAGGAUCCUAUGACGAACAUUGCUGACGCAGAUUCCAGCAUUAAAAGCCUGGAGAAGGAAGCAGAUCGGCUGCUGGAGAAAAUCAAACCCAUCAAAGAACUUCAGGAUAACUUAGGGAAAAACAUCUCCCAGAUAAAAGAGCUGAUCAGCCAGGCGCGGAAGCAAGCCAACUCGAUCAAAGUGUCUGUGUCCUCUGGAGGCAACUGCAUCCGCACAUACAGACCAGAAAUAAAGAAGGGCACCUACAACACCAUCGUUGUCAAUGUGAAGACUCUAGUUGCUGACAAUCUGCUUUUUUACCUUGGAAGUGCCAAGUUUACUGACUUCUUGGCCGUGGAGAUGCGCAAAGGCAAGGUGAGCUUCCUGUGGGACGUGGGCUCCGGCGUGGGACGGGUGGAGUACCCUGACCUGGCCAUCCAUGACGGCUUUUGGUACCGCAUUGAAGCUUCCAGGACUGGGAAAAACGGCACAAUAUCGGUGAGAGCUCUGGAUGGUCCCAAAGCCAGCAUCGUUCCAGCUACCUUCAGUGCUGCCUCCCCACCUGGAUACACCAUUCUGGAUGUGGAUGCUAAUGCUGUGCUCUUUGUUGGUGGUUUGACUGGAAAAAUAAAGAAGUCAGAUGCUGUAAGAGUCACCACCUUCACUGGCUGCAUGGGGGAAACCUUUCUAGACAGCAAGCCCAUAGGGCUGUGGAAUUUCAGGGAUAUUGAAGGAGACUGCAAAGGAUGUGCUGUCAGCCCCCAGGUGGCAGAUGGUGAGGGCACAGUGCAGUUUGAUGGUGACAGCUACGCCAUGGUGAGCCGCCCGGUGCGCUGGAACCCCAACAUUUCCACCAUCAUGUUCAAGUUCAGGACCUUCUCCUCCAACGCCCUGCUGAUGUACCUCGCUACUGAUGACUUGAAGGAUUUCAUGAGUGUAGAACUCAGCAAUGGGCGCAUAAAGGUCAGCUACGACCUGGGCUCAGGCACAGCUUCUGUUCUCAGCAGCCACAGCCAUAAUGAUGGCAGAUGGAAAGCUUUCACCCUGUCAAGAAUUCAGAAGCAAGCCAAUAUAUCAAUUGUAGACAUAGACACCAACGAAGAGGAGACCAUAACAGCAACUUCUGGAGGCAGCCAUUCUGGGCUCAACCUAAAAAGCCAUGAGAAAAUCUACUUUGGGGGACUGCCAACCCUGAGAAAUCUGAGUAUGAAAGCAAGGCCUGAAGUGAACUUAAAGAAAUACAUUGGCUGCCUCAAAGAGAUUGAAAUUUCCAGGACACCAUACAAUAUAUUGAGUAGUCCUGAUUUUGUUGGUCUAACCAAAGGAUGCACACUAGAGAACAUCUACACAGUUAGCUUCCCCCAGCCUGGCUUCGUGGAACUGCAGCCUGUCUCCUUUGACCUGGGCACAGAAAUCAACCUCUCCUUCAGCACCAGGAAUGAAUCUGGGAUCAUCUUGUUUGGCACCAGUGGCACAGUUGUGCCCCCCAGGAGGAAGCGAGGGGACACUGGGGGGAAAGCUGCUGCUCUGAAGAGGAAACGCAGGCAGACAGGACAGGCCUACUACGCAGUCUUCCUGAACAGAGGCCGACUGGAAGUGCACAUCUCCCCGGGGAGUCGGGACCCCCACAGGGUCACCAUCCGGCCAGAGCCCGGCGAGUUCCACGAUGGCAGAGCACACUCCGUGAGGAUUGAACGAGCUGAAGGGAUGUUCACUGUUCAAGUGGAUGAAGACAAAAUCCAGACCCAGAGACUGCCAACAGACCAGCCCAUCUCUGUCAAGAAGCUCUUUGUGGGGGGUGCUUCCCCUGCCUUUCGGAUUGCCCCUCUCAGAAACAUCCCAGCCUUUGAGGGCUGUAUCUGGAAUCUUGUCAUUAAUGCCACCCCCAUGGACUUUGCCCAGCCUGUGUCCUUUGAAAACGCAGAUAUUGGCCGGUGUCCCUCUCCAGAACCAGAGGUUAGGCCAUCUGAGGAUGAAGACAAACCAACCCAUGCAACAGUUCUGAUCCAGCCUGAACCUGGGGAGAGAGAAAGGCCAAGGACAACUCCUGCUUCCCCUCCUCCUCCAACACCAUCUGUAUCUCCAGCACUUGGAUCCUGUGCUGCUGACACUGAACCAAGCAUCUUGGAAGGUGGCAAACAGUUUGGGCUCUCAAGGAACAGCCACAUUGCAGUGGCCUUUGAUGACACCAAAGUGAAAAACAGGCUCACCAUUGAGUUUGAGGUCCGCACAGCAGCUGCCUCAGGCUUGCUGUUCUACAUGGCCCGCAUCAAUCAUGCUGACUUUGCCACAGUGCAGCUGAAGGAUGGCCUGGCUCACUUCAGCUACGACCUGGGCAGUGGCAACACCUCCACACUGACUGCCAACAGGAUCAAUGAUGGCCUCUGGCACAAGGUAAAGAUCACCCGAAGCAAGCAGGAAGGGACCCUCACAGUGGAUGGUGUUUCAAACAGCACUGUCAGCCCCAAGAAGGCUGAUAUCCUGGAUGUGGUGGGCAUGCUCUAUGUUGGAGGGCUGCCCAUUAACUACACAACUAGAAGAAUUGGGCCGGUCACCUACAGCAUUGAUGGCUGCAUCAGAGGCUUCCACAUGACAGAGGCACCUGUGGACCUGGAUAACCCAACCUCCAGCUUCAGGGUUGGAAAGUGCUUUGCCACUGCACAGCAAGGGACAUACUUCGAUGGAACAGGCUAUGCCAAAGCAGUUGGUGCCUACAGGGUGGGAACAGACCUGCUGGUGGAAUUGGAGUUCCGUACCACACGGCUGAGUGGUGUCCUCCUGGGAGUCAGCAGCCAGAAGAUGGAUGGGCUUGGGAUCGAGCUGGUGGAUGGGAAAGUGAUGUUCCACGUGGACAACGGCGCAGGCAGGUUCUCUGCUGUCCAUGAGCCUGCGGCCCCAGGCAGGCUGUGUGAUGGGCAGUGGCACAAGGUGGUGGCAAAGAAGAUCAAGCACCGUUUGGAGCUGACUGUGGAUGGCAGCCAGGUGGAUGGGAGCAGCCCAAACACAGCCUCCAGCUCAGCAGAUACCAACGACCCUCUCUUUGUUGGAGGAUACCCUGAUGGUGUGACCCAGUUUGGGCUGACCACCAACAUCCAUUUCAAAGGCUGCAUUCGAUUCCUGAAGCUCACCAAGGGCACUGCUAAGCCUCAGGAGAUGAACUUCAGCAAAGCUCUGGAGCUGAAGGGUGUGCAGCCACUGUCGUGUCCUGCAGACUGAGGGCCACCCAGCAGCUCUGGGGCUCUUCAUGUAAGCACUUCAGGUUAAAAAAACAAACAAAAAAAAAAAA